AUGCGGUCAUUCACAUUGCUUUUGGUCUUUUUGACUUAUUCUCAAGCACGUGUCAUUUUGGAUCCAAUCUCAUUUGCGACCUACGAUGACGGUGUUGCUCGUAACACUUUCUUCCCGUUGGCAGCCGCCGCUUACUCAUCGAAUCCACAGACUUGUCUCUCUGCGAAAUUCACCAAUUCUCAGCUUCGCCGUCAAUUGAAUGUGCAAUGUGACGCUGGUGGUAAAAACGAUAUUUGCUCUGCUUACACUGCACUUCUUCCUGAUAAUAAAGCCAUUGUUAUCAGUUUCAGGGGAACUCAAGGUUUCCUUCAAUUGCUUGAGGAAGCUGACAAAUCAGUCUUCCAAUCGCAAUCUCAAUGGAUUGCCGGUGGAAAAGUAUCCAAAUAUUUCGGUGAUGCAUUCAAUACCCUCUGGAAUGCUGGAAUGAAGGAUGAUGUGAAUAAUCUCAUUCACAAAUAUCCAACUUUUGAAGUAUGGGUAACUGGACAUUCAUUGGGUGGAUCAAUGGCUUCUCUAGCUGCUUCUUAUAUUGUUGCAAACAAAAUUAUAACUGGAGACAAAGUGAAACUGAUCACUUAUGGACAACCAAGAACUGGAACAACUCCAUUUGCAGUGGCUCAUGAUGCUCAAAUGGCUUAUUCGUACAGAGUUACUCACAAUAGAGAUAUUGUUCCACAUAUUCCAAAUGAAGGAAUGGAAGAUUAUAAGCAUCACAAAGCUGAGGUUUUCUACAAAGAGUCAAUGAAAGCUGGAGCAACAUUCAAAGUAUGCUCAUCAGCUGAUGAAAGCAAUGAUUGUUCGAAUGGAUUAUUGAUAACUGCAUCUGUGUCUGACCAUCUCACUUACUUCACUAAAGAUGUUUCUCAAUGGGGAGAAGCUGGAUGUAACUGA